AUGGCAGCCGCUUAUGCAGCUCUAGUUUCUCUGGUGAAUACUAUGGAUCAGAUCCACAUUCAUCCUCGCCUUUCCGCUUCUUUCGACAACUACCAGUUUGAAUCUCUUCGGGGGAAGGUCGAUUUCUUUCUAGAUUUUGUGGAGAAUUAUUCAGAUGCCGUGCGUGGCGAAAAGGUUGAUUUCCUUGAAGAUUCAGAUGAGAAUCAUCCAGAUGCGAACAACAAAGAAGCAGAAGAUUUGGCGAGGCGAAUUGCAGUUUCAGCUCACGACGCCGAAGAUAUAAUUGAACUCGAAGCAGCAGAUCGAAUUCACGCUUCAUCAACUGAAAAAAAUAGCAGCUUCUUGCCCGAUCUGCAGAGAAUAAUACAAGACAUGGAUUUUAUCAAGGAAAAAGUUAUCAAGGUUAAAGAGGAAAUUGGAUUCAUAAAUUCCAUGGAUCCUCCUCCAUCAUCGUCAUCAGCACCUCUUGCAGCUGCCAAGACUACAAGCUUGGUGGGAUUUGACGGCUACAUCGAGCAACUUUUGGAUGAGCUCACCGGGCAUGAUCAUGGUCGCAGAAUAAUCCCAAUUGUUGGGAUGGGUGGUAUAGGUAAGACCACUCUUGCAACAAAUGUCUAUGAAAAUUCAAAUAUUGUGCGCCAUUUUAAUGUCCGUGUUUGGGUUACUGUAUCUCAAGAAUUCAGUGCAAGAAAAUUCUUUUUGAAAGCACUUUCUUCCCUAGGAAUAUCCACUGAUGAUAGGGAUUCAGCCACUGAUCAACAACUAAGUCAUGAGUUGUACAAAAUUUUAUUUAAUCGGAGAUAUUUGAUAAUACUGGAUGAUGUAUGGAGCGUGGAGGCUUGGGAUAAGAUAAAGUUUUUCUUCCCAGAAAAUAAGAAUAGAAGCAGAAUUGUUGUAACAACCAGGGAGUCGAAGCUGGUUGAUUACUUAGGCUCCUCUGCACUUGCGGUUGAUUUUCUUGAUGAUAAAAACAGUUGGGAUCUUUUCUGUGCCAACACAUUUGCAUCAAAACAAGGUUGCCCUUCUGAAUUGGAAGAGGCCGGGAAGAAGAUAGUGAACAAGUGCAAAGGACUUCCACUCGCAAUCGUUGUGAUUGGAGGGCUUCUUAGAAAAUCGUCCAAGUCACAAGAAUAUUGGGAGAAAAUUGCAAGAGAGGAACACUUGCAUGUUGUUAACUCGGAACCCUUGAACAUAUUAUAUCUGAGCUACAAGUACUUGCCUGUUUGCUUGAAAUUAUGUGUUCUUUACUUGGGAUUGUGUUCAAACUACAGUGUGGAAAUGUCGGAGCUCGUCAAACUUUGGGUUGCCGAGGGAUUUAUAAAACCCAAGAAAGAGCAGAGUUUGGAAGAAGUUGCAGAGGGCUACAUAGACGAGCUUGUCCAAAGAAAUCUUGUCUUACUCACUUCUGUUAAACUAAACAGGAAAAUCGACAGCUAUGGCGUUCACGAUCUUGUGAGAGACUUGUGCACAAGGAUAGCUGAGAGAGAGAACGUUUUCUGCGUCCAAAGAGACCAAGACGGGAGGCGCCGCGUCACAAUCGAUCAAAAAAGGACAAGAUUUUACAGCCAAGAAACCCUAUCAAUUGAGCGUCCUAUCAUCACCGGCGGGCGACGGGGGGCAGCGGCGGCUCCGCGGCUGAGGGUUAUGGUGCGCGAUAUGCGCCGCCUCGACUACACUUUUCCGGAAGUCAACUCGCGCUUCCUAUACCACGAACCGGAUGAUGAGGAUGAAUACGGAGACAUGGAUCCUCGCGAUUACUGGAUUGCUACGUAUAACAUUCCUUCAUCGAUAUCACUGCUUUGGAGUCUGCAAACUAUAAUCGUUAAGGAAAUCGCAGAUGUGGUCGCGCCGUCUGAGAUUUGGGAGAUGCCGCAGCUUAGGCAUAUCAAGAUGUCGCCCCUCUAUAUCCCCGAUCCUCCUCCUCGCAGUGACGCCGUCGUUUUGAACAACUUACAGACACUUUCCGAUGUGGAGAACCUCGUUUUCACAGAGGAUGUCUGCAACAGAAUACCCAACGUUAAGGAGUUGGUUAUCUCUUACUAUUUCCAUGAACGAGGCGAGGCGAGCUCGCGUUACCAUCUGCACGAUGUUGGCCGCUUAAGCAAACUCGAAACGCUGGAUUACUCCUGCAAAGGAUGGAAGUUUCUAGAAGACUCGUCGCGGGGCCUCAAACGACUGCCGAGUUCAAUCAAGGAGUUGAGCUUACGUCGUUGCAAGCUUGAUCCGAGUGAUGUGACCGUAAUUGGUUCGUUGCCUCAGCUUGAGCUUCUUGUAUUGCAUAAGGUGGUUUUGGGAGAAGAGUUGAAUUUAGGGGAGGAGGAAUUUGUUUGCUUGAAACACCUAAGGAUUGAUGGGUGUGAUGAUCUGAAAUGCUGGACUGCAGAUAGCUGCAAUUUUCCGGUGCUGGAGAGGCUUUCUCUUGUUUCCUUACCCAAUCUGGAUGAGAUUCCUUCAGCUUUCGCAGAGAUUCCGACACUCGAAAGAAUUUCUAUACAUGAUUGCAGCGAAUCGGCCUGCAUAUCAGCAAUUAACAUACUAGAGGAGAAGGAGAGUUUUGGGCAUCUUAGCCUUCAUCUACAAAUCAAGUACAUGAAUGAGAGUGCAGCAGAAAUGUUGAGGGAAAAAGUCGAAUACAGUAGCCAAAAUCUUCUCAUUGAAGCGGAGAUCAGAUCUGCCGAUGGAGGAGGCGGUGCAACAAUCAGAUCACACCCACCGCCGCCGCCUCAUCAGAUCAGAUCCACCGCCGGAGAAGCGGUUUUUGCUGAGGUCAAUUCGCGUGCCUUGCAAAUUGGCGUGAUUGAGAACUAUCGCCGCCACCACUUGGUCGGCGGAAUUGCCCAUGAAAUCGACGGAAUCGGAGCAGAAGACGCCUUUGAAGGAGCAGAGUGGUCUGAAAUGGCGGUUUUCCAGGCCUGGAGGGCGGCGAAGGUGACGCUGAACUGA